AUGGCCACCCAGGCGCAGAAGCGCGUCAACCUUGCGGUCUCGAGAAUCAUUCCGCCCGUCUUGCUCGGCGUCGUCGUCUACGCGAGUUACGCAAUUACGAAGCCAUUAUGCAUUGACUAUCUCAUUCAUCCCCUUCCAUCCUAUAACCGAGGCUCUCGAGUCGGCGCCGGCGCCGCUAUUGUGGCCAUCUACUAUGUCCUCCUAAUACCCAUGGUCGCGACUUACAUCCGCCUCAUGUAUAAUGUCUUAUGGAAGCCGGGAUACCUUCCCUUCGGUGCCGAACGUAUCCGGUCCGAUUCCGCCUCGCAGGACCACAAACAUCCGCACGGAAAGCGCCGUCGCAAGAGGAGUUCGAGGAAGGCUCGAGAUGCAGAGAAGCAGGAGCCGACCGAGACGGACCUUGAUGGGGUGGACCUUGACGGGAUGGACCUUGAAUGUGGUGUGAACAGCCACGCUGGAGGAACGGCAUUUGAGUUAGAUCCAGCUGGCCUGGAGAGGUUCUACACGAAGGAUGUUUUUGUUUGCCAAGACGACGGCCGACCGCCGUAUUGCUCAACGUGCUGCCAAUUUAAGACGGACAGAGCGCACCAUUGCCGUGAGGUCGAUCGCUGCGUGCGCAAAAUGGACCAUUUUUGUCCUUGGGUCGGCGGUGUGGUGUCGGAGACAUCCUUCAAAUUUUUCAUUCAGUUCGUUGCCUAUACGGCUAUUUUUUGUACAUUUACUCUCAUCGUGUCUGCGUAUUUCACGGCAGAGCUCAAACGCCAGACCGGAAGCGUGAACCCUCAUUGGUGCGUCUGCAUUGGAUUGAGCGGACUCUUCUUCAUAUUCUCCGGGGGCAUGACCCUCAGUUCCGUCCAACUAGCCAUGCUCAACAUCACCACAAUCGAAAACCUCAACCGCCACUCCGUCGUCUGGACUCUCGCAAUCCGAGUCCCCGACCACCUCCUCGAGCGACUAUGGGUAGCCGACUCCCCUUGGGCCCCAACAUUCGGCAUGGUAUCCUAUCCACUCGAACCACCCACCCCCACCCAGCCCCCGAACGACCCAUCUACAACAGAGCGCCACGUAUUCGCCAUCCUCCACACACGCCCAGGCGACAACCCCUUCGAUCUCGGGAGCAGCUUCAAGAACAUCCAGCAGGUGAUGGGCUACAGUCUCACAGACUGGCUCCUCCCUCUAAAACACAGCCCAUGUGCAGACCACAGCAGCCCCGAAAGCGCAUUCGCUCUAGGCCCCGUGGUCACGCGACUAAAGCAGGAAGCUGGAUUGGCGCCGGCCCCGGCAUGCCAAGCGUCGACGCAGUAA